GCCCGGCGCUCCCCCGGCCCCUGUCUCCCCGGUCUCUUGAGGAGCCCGGGAAGGAGGCUCGGCUCGCGCUGCCGGGGCAGGGGCUUGCCGGGACCGGGCUGCGGCAAUCGUUAGCGGGCCAUGUCGGCUGCCCAGGGCUGGGACCGAAACCGUCGGCGGGGAGGAGGCGCGGCCGGCGGCGCCAGCGGGGGUAGCGGGGCCGGAGCGGCCGGCGGGGGUCGGGGCACCGGCCAGCUCAACCGAUUCGUGCAGCUCUCCGGACGGCCGCACCUGCCAGGUAAGAAGAAAAUACGAUGGGACCCAGUUAGGAGACGCUUCAUUCAGUCCUGUCCUAUCAUAAGGAUCCCUAACAGGUUCUUGAGAGGCCACAGACCUCCCCCAGCCCGCAGUGGACAUCGUUGUGUGGCUGAUAAUACCAAUCUCUAUGUGUUCGGAGGGUAUAACCCAGACUAUGAUGAAUCAGGAGGCCCAGAUAAUGAAGACUACCCUCUCUUCAGGGAGCUUUGGAGGUAUCAUUUUGCAACAGGCGUGUGGCACCAGAUGGGCACAGAUGGCUACAUGCCCCGGGAAUUGGCAUCCAUGUCACUUGUCCUGCAUGGAAACAACCUGUUAGUGUUUGGAGGCACAGGCAUCCCAUUUGGUGAGAGCAACGGCAAUGACGUCCAUGUUUGUAAUGUGAAGUACAAGAGAUGGGCUUUACUCAGCUGUCGGGGGAAGAGACCCAGUCGUAUAUAUGGACAGGCCAUGGCUCUCAUCAAUGGUUCCCUGUAUGUCUUUGGGGGAACAACGGGCUACAUCUACAGCACAGACCUGCACAGGUUAGAUCUCAACACCAUGGUGUGGACACAACUCAAGCCAAACAACCUGUCCUGUGACCUGCCGGAGGAGAGAUACAGACAUGAAAUUGCUCAUGAUGGGCAGAGGAUUUACAUCUUGGGAGGAGGGACUUCCUGGACAGCCUAUUCCUUAAACAAGAUUCACGCAUACAACCUUGAAACAAAUGCAUGGGAGGAGAUUGCAACAAAACCUCAUGAAAAAAUAGGUUUUCCUGCAGCCCGAAGAUGUCACAGUUGUGUUCAAAUAAAAAAUGAUGUUUUCAUUUGUGGGGGCUAUAAUGGAGAAGUGAUCCUGGGAGACAUCUGGAAGCUGAAUCUGCAGACUUUUCAGUGGGUGAAGCUCCCUGCCACCAUGCCAGAGCCUGUUUAUUUUCACUGUGCGGCAGUCACACCCGCCGGUUGCAUGUACAUUCACGGAGGAGUGGUGAACAUCCACGAAAACAAGCGGACUGGGUCAUUGUUUAAGAUCUGGCUGGUGGUGCCUAGCCUGCUGGAGCUGGCAUGGGAGAGACUGCUGGCGGCCUUCCCCAACCUAGCAAACCUCUCCCGGACACAGCUUCUGCACCUUGGACUAACACAGGAACUCAUCGAGCGCUUGAAAUGAGGAUUUCUGGACGGUUCCUUGAUACUGGAAAUGUUAAUUUAAAGAGACUCCUUUAUUUAUGGGCAAUGUAGAGUGUGCUACACAGAGGACUGGUUACCCUGAUCAAGGCCUUAUUCAGAAAAUACAUCCGAUGCCUUUCCAUGAA